ACCUUUCAGUAUUCGUGAGUCAUAAAUGAUCAAAGGUCUAUUUCAUAUUAUUUAAAUGUUUAAUAUUGUACAAAAGCUGCUUAAUAUUAAGUUCCUUUGAUUUUUGAUCAUCGUAAAUGUAUUUCUAAGUUUUAAUUUCUAUUACAAAUUUAAACAACAAAUCUUGUGUGGUUCCUUAAAAUUCGCAAACAUUUAUUUCUAUAUAACACUUUGUUAUUUUUUAUUAACAAUGACAACAGAUCCUAACUGCAUUUUUUGCAAGAUCAUAGCAGGAGAUGCUCCAGCGGAUAUAUUGUUUCAAAAUGAAGAGUUAGUUGUAUUUAGAGAUAUUAAACCAGAGUCUAAACAUCACUUCCUAGUUGUGCCAAAGAAGCAUAUUCUGAAUGUAAAUAGUUUACAAACAAAUGAGGACAGGCUUUUAGUUGAAAGGAUGUUGGAAAUUGGUAAGAAGAUUUUAGCGGAACACAAUGGUGAUUUAGACGAUGUAAGAAUAGGUUUCCAUUGCCCACCUUUUAAUUCCAUAAACCAUUUACAUUUACAUGUGAUCUCCCCAGCAUCUGAAAUGGGCUUCAUUAAGAGACAGGUGUUUAGACCAAAUACUUGGUGGUUUCAAUCUGUUGAUGACACUUUACUAAGGUUAAGCAAGUUAUAGUGGAAUUAAUAUUAUAUUUAUUAUAUUAUCGCUAUACAAGAAAAUUGGUGAUUAUUGGCAAUUAGAUAUUAAUUAAUUUGGACCAGUUGAAGAAAAGUUCGUUAUUAUUUUAUAAUCUAAUUUAGAAUGUAAUAUGUAAAGAGGCACUUAGAAGUCAAGAUAAAAACAGAAUUUUAUGCAUUACUUCGAUUUUAAUAGAGUGUAUUGUCUUUGUGAUAUUUUGUUAAAUGUCUGUGUGGGAAUUAAGUUAAUAAAAAAUUGUUACUUGUU